AUGGCCAGUCCCACGGCCUUUGGCUUGAAGGAUGCGCGCUCAGUGUGCCGCGAUGGGCUAAAACCUCUGUACGGCGAUUUCUCCCUUCCCAGUUCGCCUUGGUACAUGCGUGCCUGCGUCAUUGAAUAUGACAAGGAGUUCACACCUCACCAGCAGCACCACAAGGAGUUCAAAUUUAAUUUAUCUCAGAUUCCCGAGGGCGAGGCCGUCACAGCCGCUGAGUUUCGGAUCUACAAGGACUGUGUCAUGGGGAGUUUUAAAAACCAAACCUUCCUUAUCAGCAUCUAUCAAGUGCUGCAGGAACAUCAGAACAGAGCUUCUGACCUGUUUCUGCUGGACACCCGGGCAGUGUGGGCCUCGGAGGAAGGCUGGCUGGAGUUUGACGUUACAGCCACCAGUAACAUGUGGGUGAUGAAUCCUCAGCACAACAUGGGGCUCCAGCUGAGCGUGGUGACUCAGGAUGGUUUCAGUGUAAAUCCUAGAGAAGCAGGCCUUAUAGGCCGAGAUGGCCCCUAUGACAAGCAGCCUUUCAUGGUGGCCUUUUUCAAAGUGAGCGAAGUUCACGUCCGGACGACUAGAUCAGCGACGAGCAGGCGCAGGCAGCAGAGUCGAAACCGUUCCACCCAGGCUCAGGAUGUUUCCAGGGUGUCUAGUGUCACAGAUUACAACAGCAGCGACUUAAAGACAGCUUGCAGAAAGCAUGAACUUUACGUUAGCUUCCAAGACUUGGGAUGGCAGGACUGGAUAAUCGCUCCAAAGGGCUAUGCAGCCAACUACUGUGAUGGAGAAUGCUCUUUUCCACUCAAUGCACAUAUGAACGCAACCAAUCAUGCCAUUGUACAAACUCUGGUUCAUCUUAUGAAUCCUGAUUACGUUCCCAAACCAUGCUGUGCACCUACCAAACUAAAUGCCAUAUCAGUUCUUUAUUUUGAUGAUAAUUCUAAUGUAAUCUUGAAGAAAUACAGGAAUAUGGUAGUAAGAGCUUGUGGAUGUCACUGACAAACAGUCUUCACAUGGACUCUGUGAUUCUACCACGAACUUCACUACUACCUUCUGUACUUCCAGAACUACCUGACCUUGGAAAAAUAAUCGUGAUGAAACACCCUUUAAAACACCAUUUAUGUGCCUUGUGAGAGGACGCGGUUUGGGCCCCACUCUGUAGUGGGAGAAAACUGCUGCAGUUCUUAAAAACUGCCCCUACAUCACAGAGCCAUUCAGCUCUGCAGGGCCUGGGCUUGCAAAGCAGCAGUCUGCCCACACACACUGUACCUAGCUGAGACGGUCUUAAUCUCACACAGCAGCUUGGCCUUUUCAGUUGCUUGGACAUGUACUUCAUUUUUAACCAAACGGGCAACCCAAGACCCAAAACCAGUGAGGGUUUUUUUUUUUUUUUUCCAGGGGUGGAGGGGAGGGUAGGAAAGGGGAGAAGGGGAAGCUAGAGUAGAGAAAGCGUUGUUAGGUCUUCAGCCUUAGACUGUGCAUCUUGUGCAAGACAAUCUGCAGUUCUGACUAAGGUUAGGAAUUGCCUUUUGUCUGGAAGGAACAGUUACUACACCUAAUACUGUUAGUCUCCUUCUGACAUCUGUGUUGAUAACAAGCAUCUUAAAUUGUGCCAAAGCAAGUCUUGAAGUCCCCUUAUUCUCCAAGCACAGUGCAAGUCUGAUGCGGCAAGUGUAAGGUGGCAUGGCUGCAUCCUGUGUUAGAAGCACUAGGAUGAUCUUCUCAGUUCACUAUCUGACUGGGCAGUAACUUUAUACACUUGUUCUUAUGUGACUUCCUUUCACUCUGCACCUGGCAGCUGCCUCAUCUACUACCACUUGCCCAGGAAGGAAGGAAGGAAGGUAGGACCCUUCUACAGCUUUAAGUCAGACACAGAAGUUUUCUUUUGGGCCAUUCAUUCUCUAGUUGGACAAUUUAUUUACAGGAAGACAGAAUGUCAACAAAGUAUUCUAGUAUUUGGCCAACUUUUCCCCUUCAACCCAGGCAACUAACAAACUGGUUUAAAGAAUACAUUCACACUGUAGCCACAGUUUUGGGCUUGAAAUUUGUCUUGCAGAAGCUAAUCGCAAACUGAUUGUUUUGAUCAAUAUUAAACUUGUAUUAAAUGCACUUACCUCUAAUUCUUGCAUUUAAAAGGCUUCUUGUAAAUACAAGCUAUAAUUUAUUGCACUUGUCACUGUAUAUUCAUUGUGCUGUAUCAUUUAUAGAAAGACUGCUUUUUUAAAAAGUUUUUAUUUAGAAAAAAAUCUCAGUGUAAACAAUUGUACCACUUUGAUUUUAUACAAGAAACUCAUGAGAUUGUGCUUCACUAGAAAGUUGUUAAAAACGUGAUAAUAAAGGCUUCCUUUAAGGCAGAAGUAAAGACAUUGAUCUAAUACAUCUGCCAGUACAAUA